UAUUUCAAACUGUUAUCGUACAAAAAUGAGAGGAAUGCUUGACAAGUAUAGGGACAGGAGCAUAUGUGUUGCUAUUGACGUCAGAUAUGAUACGCCAGGUUUUUCUGCCAAUAAAGCAACUGCCAUAUUCAUGGAGUACAUAAGCGGGGAUAUAAUCCAUAUGGAAAUAGGGGAUUCAAGGGAAGUUGGCAGAAAUUCCAACAAACUGGAAUCUUUCAUCAUUUCCAGAGGAAUGGCCUAUCUCCAGACGAAUGGUUUGAAUGUGGUAGAGGUGGAAAUAUUACAGGUAUUGGGAGAGGCUGGCAGGAAAGUGAGCGGACGAGAUGUCCUUCCAUGGAUUAAGUCAAUUGUCAACCAUUUCUGGUGGUGCUCUGCGAACUGUAGGGGGAAUAAAGAAAGACUGAGGACUAUGUGGUUAUUCAUACUGAGACAUAUUACCAAUGUGCAUAGGUCAAUAAUGUAUGAAUGCCCACAUGGUCCUUUUUCUGUUCCAGAGGGCAAGAAAUGGUUGACAAUUGACUCGGAUGCCUAUAAAAUUGUUAAAUCAUUUGUAACCAACCGAAUAUGGCUCGGCAGCUUGAAGUACUAUGCAACUAAUAGGCACACAGGGAGAGUGGAGAAUUUCAAUUCGCAUACACUUCUCAGGUAUUGCCCUAAGCGGUUGAAAUUCUCCUACGAUAGCUACAUGUGUAGAAACCAGUUGGCUGUUCUUGAUCACAAUGAACACCAGAGCCGUGCACCUGCCAACCGCCAGGAUGGACAACCAUCUAUCCAAGGGCAAGUUUCCAGGCGCACAAAGCAGUGGGUUGCUUUUCAACGACUAACGCCUAAAGAAUUUCUUUAUAUCGAAGGUAUUUACCAAAAGAAAAUUUUACUUUAUGGUAAUUAG